AUGCCUAAUUCAUCUGAUGAUAGUGAUCAAAGCGGACCAUCAACUCCAAAAAAAGCAAAAAAGAUACAUUAUAAACAAAAAUUCACAGACGAGUGGUUAAAAGACAAUAGUUUCAAAACUUGGCUGAAACGUGACUCAAAAGACCCGUAUCGUGCAGUUUGUUUUAUGUGUGAUGCAAAAUUGAUAGCUGACAGAGUAGUGAUAAAAAGACAUGGUGAAGGUGCUAAGCAUGUAAAAAGAACUACAGCAGCGCCAGCUCAAUCUUCGAUUGCUACUGCAUUUGAAAAGGUUGAGCAGUUCGAUGAUGAUAAAUGCAAAGCAUCUGAGAUAAAGUUGGCUGCUUUUAUGGAAGAGCAUAAAAUAUCCAUGAGGGUGAUGGACAAUCACUAUGUUUCCUGA